AAGACCUCCCACUCUCCCACAUGAAUUGCUUGCUCUGAUGUCCUUUGACACUGUACAUAGAAAGUUUGAGAAUUGCUUUUUUUUGUAUACACUUUUCCAAUAUGUCGCUAAUCUUCCGUCGUGGCCUUGCCACCGUAUCUCCUUUCAAAAGUGCUUCAAAAGUUGUAUGUAUCGGGAGGAACUACGCGUAUGUCUCCCCUCCCCCCACUUCUCUUCGAGAUGAGUUCAUCAAUUGAGGAGCUGCAAAGUAAGUAGAGUGACUGAUCUCAAUUGAAACAGAGACCAUAUCACAGAGUUGAAUAAUAGCAAGCCCAAACAGCCAUUCUUCUUCCUCAAACCACCUUCCUCAAUCCUUCCUCCAAAUGGUGGAGCUGUCAUCCGACCAAAGGGCGUAGAUCUACAUUAUGAAGUAGAAUUGGCCCUGAUCAUGGGGAAGCAGGUCAAGAAUCUCGAGCCAGAAAACGAGAAGGAGGCUUAUGAUUCUAUCGAAAGUGGGUGUUUUCGACUAAUCGACUCAAUCUUAUUUCUAAUCUUUGAAUUAUAUAGGUUACGCAAUGAGUAUUGAUAUGACUGCUCGUAACGCUCAAAACGAGGCAAAGAAGAAGGGUCUUCCCUGGGAUAUUGCGAAGGGAUUUGAUACCUUUCUCCCAAUGAGCAACAUCAUCUCCAAGUCUCAAAUUCCGGAUCCUCAUAAUGCCACCGUGUGGCUUACAGUCAACAAUGAGCACCGACAAAAGGACUCUACAGAAUUGAUGCUCUACCGAAUUCCUAGAAUAUUGAGCGAUAUCUCCAAGGUUAUGACUCUUGAAAAGGGUGACAUUGUCUUAACUGGUACACCAAAGGGAGUUGGGUCCGUGAAACCUGGAGAUGUUAUGAGAGUCGGCAUCAGUGUUGGAGGUAAGGAGUUGGUGGAAGGAAAGAUCGAAGUUGCAGUUGAGGAAUCGACGAGUACAUAUGAAUUCAAGGAGACUUGAACACGUUACGUUUAUACUAUUAUCAGGAUACCCGAAGAUAGGCAUAAUGAGUUAAGUUUAGA